AUGCAGGAAUAUAAAUCCCAGGGAGUUAUUAAUAAUCAUGAUCUGAAAGUGACCCUCUUCACCACAUUCCUAUUUGUCUGUAUUAUUAAUUUUCUGGGCAAUCUUGGGAUGAUCAUUUUAGUUAGAAUGGACUCUCAACUCCACCUCCCAAUAUACUUCUUCCUUAGCUAUCUGUCCUUCUCACGUUCACUUCUGGAUCUCUGGUAUUCCUCUGUCUACACUCCAAAGAUCCUAGUGACCUGCAUCUCUGAAGACAAAAGCAUCUCCUUUGCUGGAUGUCUGUCUCAGUUCUUCUUCCCUGCUGGAUUGGCCUAUAGUGAAUGCUUCCUACCAUUUGCCAUGGCUUAUGACUGCUAUGCAGCCAUCUCCAAUCGCCUACAUUAUGCUCAAACUAUGUCAAAGGAGGUGUGCAGUUCUUUGGUUAUAUAUUCCUAUACAGGAGGAUUUGUCAAUGCAACUAUAUUAACCAGCAACACAUUCACAUUGGAUUUUUGUGGUGACAAUAUCAUUGAUGACUUUUUCUGUGAUGUUCCUCCUCUCAUAAAGCUGGCAUGUGAUGUCAGGGAGAGUUACCAGUCUGUGCUGUACUUCCUUCUAGCCUCCUCCUUCAAUGUCAUUACUCCCACCCUGCUCAUCUUGGCCUCUUGCAUGUUCAUCAUUGCUGCCAUCCUGAGGAUCCGCUCCAACCAAAGCCGCCUCAAGACCUUCUCCACCUGCUCCUCCCACCUCAUCUCUGUGACCUUGUACUAUGGCUCCAUUCUCUACAUCUACUCUCGCCCAAGCUCCAGUUACUCCUUAUAGAGGAACAAAAUGGUAUUGACCUUUUAUACUGUAUUGUUCCCCAUGUUGAACCCCAUGAUCUACAGUCUGAGGAAUAAAGAUGUGAAGGAAGCACUGAGAAAACUCUUCCAGUUAGCUCCUUCUAAUGUCUAA